CCUGACUAUAGUCAGAUGGGAUGAACUGCAGUUUACUGCAUCUUUUGGAUUCAGAUGGAGUGAUAAGCUGGUCAAUGGGUAAAGCCAUGGUGGAUAUUCAGACAGAGGCUUUAUUUUAAUGGUGUUGGACCAAAGCACAGGUUAGGGGGACAAAAUGAAUAAGAAAAGAUACUUUCUUGACCCUCCAGUGGUCAAAGACUUUCUGGUCAAAGGAGAACGGUUUACCAAGUGGUCGGAGGACACAACAAAGACCGUUCCCGUCACCAUGAAGAUGGAUCCAAAAGGUUUUUACGUCUACUGGACAAACCAAAGCAAGGAGACAACGUUCCUGGAUGUUGCUACAAUCAGAGAUACGAGAACUGGAAAAUAUGCAAAACUCCCCAAACAUCCAAAAGUUCGCAAUGUCUUCAACCUGGAUUUCCCUGACAGCAACCAUCUGGCCAAAACACUGACCAUCGUCACAGGCCCAGACAUGGUGAAUCUGACCUAUCAUAACUUCUUUGCCUCAAAAGAGAAAGUGACUCAGAACUGGGCGGAUGACAUUCUUGCAAUCGCAUACAAUGCUGCAAGAACUAAUGCAUGCCGACAGGUUUUCCUGGAGAAAAUAUACGUCCGACUUUCUCUUCACACCAACAAGGAUGGCAAAAUACCAGUGAAGCACAUCUACAAAAUGUUCCCCGCUGAUAAGAAGAGGGUUGAAAGUGCUUUGGCUGCAGCUCACCUCCCCAAAGGAAAGUAUGACAGCAUUAAGCCUGAUGUAUUCACUGAAGCUGCCUUCAGGACCUUCCUGACAAAUCUCUGUCCUAGACCAGAGAUCUAUGAGAUCUUCACUUCAUACUCCACCAAACCUACCAUGACGAAGGACAAUUUCACCAAGUUCCUGAACGAAAAGCAGCGGGACUCCCGGCUCAACGAGGAGCUGUUUCCACGUCUGCGGCAAGACCAGAUCAAGGCCCUGAUUGACAAGUACGAACCGCUGUCCAACAACUCCAACAGAGGUCUGAUCUCUCCAGAAGGUCUUUUAUUCUACUUGAUGGGUCCAGAGACAUCAGUGGUCAUACAGGACAAGCUGGCCAAGUCUCAGGACAUGGCCCAGCCAAUACCCCACUACUUCAUCAAGUCCUCCCACAACACAUACCUAACAGCCGGUCAGUUCUCUGGCGUGUCGUCUCCGGAGAUGUAUCGCCAGUGCCUGCUGUCUGGAUGCAGGUGUCUGGAGUUGGACUGCUGGAAAGGGAAACCUCCAGAUGAGGAGCCCAUCAUUACCCAUGGCUUCACCAUGUGCACCGAGAUCCUUUUUAAGGACGUGAUAGAGGCCAUCGCUGAGAGUGCAUUCAAGACCUCAAAAUAUCCUGUCAUUCUUUCAUUCGAGAACCAUGUUGACUCGGUGAAACAGCAGGAGAAGAUGGCUAACUACUGCAAAACCAUAUUUGGUGACGCUCUGCUGACAGAGCCUCUGGAAAAAUACCCUCUGAAACCAGGCCAGCAGAUCCCGAGCCCAUCUGAACUUAUGGGAAAGAUCCUCAUCAAGAACAAGAAGGGCAGCCACGAGAAGCCAGCCCAGACUAAAAAAAACACUGCAGCCGUCGCCGACCAGACUGCUGCGGCUGAAACCGCUCCGACUGCUGCGGCCGAACCUGCACAGAGUGCUGCAGCCGAACCUGCCCAGGAUCCAAAUGCCUCUUCCCAGGAUGGAAGCAACCCAGCUGCUCCCACUCAGGAAAACCCAGCUGAGGGAGAGGCCGCUGCAGAAGACAAUGAGGAGCAAGAAGAAACUGAAGAACAGGAUGAGGAGAAAAUGAAGACAUCAGACGAGGGCACAGCUGGACAGGAAGUGACAGCCUAUGAGGCGAUGUCAUCCAUAGUCAACUACAUCCAGCCCAACAAAUUCAUCUCCUUUGAAAAUGCCAGAAAGAAAAACAAAAGCUAUGUCAUCUCAUCCUUUGUGGAAACCAGAGGGGAGGCAAUGAUUGCCAAGACUGCUGUUGAAUUUGUCGAAUACAAUAAGCGACAGAUGAGCAGGAUUUACCCCAAAGGAACAAGAAUGGACUCUUCCAACUACAGCCCUCAACCUUUUUGGAACGUCGGCUGCCAGAUGGUGGCCCUCAACUAUCAAACAAUGGAUUUCCCCAUGCAGCUGAACAUGGCCUUGUUUGAAUUCAACGGCAGAACGGGUUACCUCCUCAAACACGAUGUGAUGCGCCGCAGCGAUAAAAAGUUUGACCCCUUCUGUGACAGGAUCGACACCGUAGUGGCAAGCACACUGACCAUAAAGAUCUAUUCAGGACAGUUUCUGUCCGAAAAGAGUGUGAAGACCGGGGUUGAGGUGGAGGUGAUUGGGCUGCCGGGAGACCCCAAGAAGAAAUUUCGCACCAAGUGGUCCACCACGCCCAACGCCAUUAACCCGGUGUGGAACGAGGAGCCUUUUGUUUUUGAGAAGAUCCUGCUUCCAGAAAUGGCUGCUUUAAGAAUCGUGGUCCAUGAAGAGAACGGGAAAUUUGUGGGACACAGAAUAAUCCCCGUGGACGCCAUCCAGUCAGGCUUUCAUCACAUCUGCCUGCGCAGUGAGAGCAACAUGCCUCUCACCCUGCCCGCUCUCUUUGUGUACAUAGAGGUCAAAGACUACAUCCCCGCGGCCUUUGCAGAUUUCACAGAUGCCUUAUUUAACCCAACAAAGGGCUCAGAGAAGACCUCAAAGACCCCUAAGGAGUCAUCAUCCGACUACAUCUCUCCUUAUGAGUUGCCUCUUGUGGAUCAACCCCCUGCAGGCAAAGCCAAGGAGAACGAGGCCCCCGCUGAAGACAAGGCUGCAUCCGAAUCAAAACCAAACACUGAUGCAAGCGACAGUCCAUCCCAGGCUCCUUCUGAAAACAGUGCAGAAGAAGCUAAAGAACAGCCUGGGCAGUCUCAAGCCCCUGACGCAACACCUGCCGAGGGUGCUCAGCCAGAUGCAGGGAAUCUUGAAACUCAAUCACCUCCUGAAAACCCUCCAUCCACGGAGGCGGCUGAAGCCCCCAAAGGAGUCCCCCUGGAGGCAGAGGCAACUCCUGAAGCCAAAGAGGAACAAGACACUAAACCAGAUGCAAACCUCAAGUCUGACGAUAAAGAAGUGUCUGAGGCAUCUGCACCUGCUUCUGAAGAAAAAGCUCCUGCAGAGGAUGCAUCCGUGUCCUUGUCCAGCCCGGCCAAUGCAUCGUCAGAAUCAGCAGGAUCAAGUGACUCUCCUCAGCUGCCAGCCAGUGCUGAAGGAGAGCCUUGCACUGUAACUGUCGAGCAACUCACUCAGCACAAGAACUAUCUGAAGGUCGUCAAGCGUCAGGAGAAAGAGAUGAAAGAAGCUGAGAAGAAAUAUCAGAAAAAAUCAGAGGAUCUGAUUCAGAAAUUCUCCGACUCCUUCAAGGCUAUCAAGAAGAAGCUUUCACUGAAGAAGAAAGAGGGAGCGGAAAACUCUUCGGACAACAGUGCGAAGAAAGAGCGGGUCCAGGAGCAGAAGGACAAAAUGCAGACUGAGCUACAGGCUCUGUGGACAGAACAGUGUGAUCAGAUGAAGAAGAAGAAAGAGCAGUUUGCUACAGAGAGACUUGCGAAACUGUUGGAGAUGGCCAUGGAGAAACACACCAUUGAGCUGAAGACCCUGGAGAGUGAAACCAAAGAGAAGAAGAAAAGUCAGAAAUGUUCCUCCACAGAGAAAUCAAAGCUGAAAAGGGCCAUGAGCACUGAGAUGCUCGAUGAGACAAGUCAGGCUGAUGCUGCUUCUGCAGAGUACAGUCCACAGCAAGAGGCUCUAAUGAAGAAACAAGCUGCUACCCUGGAGGAAGUCAAGGGAACGACUAAUCAGCUAAUCCAGGAGGCUCUGAAAGAGCACGCUCAGAAGAUGAGGUCUCUGCCUGCAGAAGUGAGGAAUGCUGUUAACGUCUGCGUGGGGGCGCACUUCCCAGAAUAUGUCGAUGAAAGCGAAGACAAAAAGCCUGCAUGCGAGAGCUUCUAUGGAAAUGUCUUCGUGGGUUAGAUGUACUUUGUGAUCGUUCGUCUCUCUGCUUUAUGCCUCUUAUAUUAAUGCUUUCAGUCUGUUAUAUAACCUAAAAUCGGAACAUUGCUAUAAAGUAGAUGAGGAUUGUUAGUCGAGCUCAGAGCCAAUUUCAGAUGUUAGAUGUGCUAUUUAUAGCGGGAGUAUCCUUUAGGAAGUUAAAAGCCAGUAAUGUGUUCCCCUUGAAUGUACUCUAUGCCAAAGUUAGAUGGUUUUGAAGUUUCUUCGUACUCGUAACGUUAGGAAAUUACAGUGGAAGAUCUACUUCACUAAAAGCACAAGGUCUGUAGUUUCAGUCUCCUUUAUGCUGUCUUGGGUUAAAAAUUUGAAAUAAAUGUAGCAUCUAAAAUAUUUUAUUAUUGUCUGCAGGUUGAGUGUCUCCCUUUGUCGCUCUUGACUUUACACGUAGGGUUUCAUUCCUACUGCUGGAGCAUUACAGACAGUUUUAAAGGAGUAAACUCUCACAAAUUAAACUUCCCAUAUAUUUUUAUAAUUGUGGUUUCUAAAGCAACUGUUCAAUUAUUAAUACUAAUGGAUUAAGAUAAUGCAAGACAGCCUGAGUUUGCAUCCUUUAUUGAACACAUUUUAAUCUUGAUGUUUCCAUGUCACAUUAGCUUUUUACUCUCUACUCGUUGUUUAGGUACUUAAGGAAGUUGUAAGAUCACACAUUGUGUUUAAAAAUAACCCAACUGAAUGGCCUACAUAGACACUCUUGCUGUAGUUCAGCAAUGCUAUAAAUUGCUUUAUUUCAAUAGAACUAGGGUUAAUGUGAUGAAUGUGAUAAUGUUCAACAGGAAUUCAUUGAGCUCUUCAAAAGUAACACAAGUGGCAUCGAGUGGCAUACAUAAGAUUUUUUUCUGUCUUGUGACUGUGUCUGAUGAUUCUGAG